CGUGACGUUCGAUUGUUCUCUAUUGUUGUUGGUGGUAAUAAUACAACAAACUUGUACAACAUUAAUCUUAAUUAUGUCUGGAUCGAAGAGUCGUUUAGAUCACGGUGACGCUAUGUGGGGGGUCGGUUUAAAAGGGGAGACGGAGACAGAGAGACGACAAUAUCAGGGGAAACAAUCAUAUGGAGAUGUCUUAUGUCCUCAAAGUCCGAGAUCUGACGGUGACCUGAGGGACCAAACAAAGCCUACAUGUACAAUGGGGCAUUUUUCGACAGACCUGACACAAAAAGGCACACACCUAGCACCUGCCGGUGUGGAACUCACAAUGGACCAGUCUAAUGAUACCGUGAUCAGUGUUGAAGAUAGGGUCGCACGUAGUGAACACACCAAAGUCCCGAUGUUGAAGUGUUUGGUACCACACAUUAGCGUUCCGACCAAGGUACCAACAAACCGCCCCUCCCCCGGAUACACAAGACCACAAUGCAAGCCCUGUGCCAUAUUGGUAAACGGUAAAUGGGUGAACUUGAACAAACGACCCUGUGUACUGGUAAGACUGGGAGAAAGAAUGGCGCGUGUGUUUCGCCGACUGAACCGUUGGUACGAUGAAGUGAUGCUUGAUUUUGUCAUCAUCAGGGCCCGGAGGCAGGCCGAUAAGAGGAGGGAAGAAGGACUACGUCAGCAGAAUGUUUAAGAUACGGACGUGUCAUGUGACACAUUCCAUGGAGAGGCAGAGAGACAAUCUGUUUAUAUUGACAAUAAGAUGUUUAAAUCAUCAAAAUCAGGCAUUUGUAUAUUUAGCACUCGAAAUGUGUAAAAGGCAAGAGCAAUUGAAUGUAGAUAGAUCGCUACUUCUUGGAUCUUAGAGUACACGUUUGGUUAGCAUACUAUACAUGUACUGUAUAUGUUACAGCAAGUGAACUCUGUUGAUUAUAAAUAAACAUUUUCUUUUAA